GCUGGUCCUUUACCAGCUGCGCUCCUCGCAAUCAGACUUAGCCGCCGUCUUCUAAACAGAGUGUUCGAGGUCAUCUCACAUCAUUUCCAACUCCAUUUCACUAUUCUCUUCAAUCCGCCAAAGCCAGCGACUCCUCGACGACACGUCAUGACGACCCUGUUUCAAACUACCACUGAAUCAUCUACCAAUCAAUCCGCUGCUGAUUUCGAGCCUGACGAACAAUGGAAGAGUCGUCUCAAAGUCGAUAUCGAGAACAACUUGCGUUCCAUGGUCGACGAAGCUAAACAGAACCUGCAGGACACCCUCAAGAGAGCCCCAGUCAGCGCUCCCGACCGCGAACGCUUGACAGAGGAACACCUUGCUACCAUGAAGAACAUCCGUAAUCUUGCCGAGGAGCAAUUCCGUAUCGCCCUAGAACGCGAACGCCAAGAACGCCGUUGGGCUGCCGGUCAGGCCUUAGAUCAAGAAUGGUCAGACACAAUGAUAAAGGAGCAACAAGCUAUCCUAGACAAGAUUGAAAGAGAACGCAAAGAUAAAGCUGCUCAUCCUUCUUCUUCCUCGCAGCCUAUCGCAGAUCCUUCAAUAUCCCGUUCUAGCCGUUCUCCAGAACGUGUUUGGACCCCACACGAGCAGGCGGAAUUAGAGCACGAGGCAGAUUACUUCCCUCGUUUACCCAGUCGGGAGUUUGAGGAAGACCACGUACCACCACCUCGCGAUACCGGCAAGGCUCGUGCCGGGUCUGUCAGCAGUACUGGAGUGGGUUCAUACAAACCACCAUCUACGUUGGAUACCACAGACAGAGGUUUUGAGCGCCCAAAGCCUUCACCCACUAUCGACGAACUAGACGACAUGCCUAGAUCUGCUCGUUCACCUACGGAUGCUCAGGACAGCAUCAGACGCGGAAGUCUUCGCCGCAAAGCUAGCAUUUCUACCAGACAACUCCCAGAAUUCUGGCACCCUUCUAUCACGCCUGAACAAGACGCUCAGAUGUCUCGUACUUUUAGUAUCGCGCGUCGUGGGAGCACGGCGAGCACUACCUCUUCCUAUCGGGGUGCACCAUCAGUGCUCAACAUCCCGUUUUCUUCCGAGCCGCACGAUAUCAUGCCCAGUGCGCCCGAGAGAGAAAGAGAGCGCAUUUCAGCUGUGGAACAAGAGUGGAGUUUCAUAGAUAGAGCAAGAGAUAGAGAGAGAACGACGUCGUACACUUAUGCUGAGGCUCGGGCUGGCAUAGCGACUACUCCUCAGCGGCUGGACGACCGUUAUCCACCGCCCACAUCUGCACCCAUCCUAAGCUCCGCAAUCACAUACUCACGCCCCAUAGAGAGCCCCAGCUCUGCAGUCCCCAUAUACUCUCGCCCUGUAGACAGCCCAAGCUACACCCGUUCCUCAGACAGCACUCGCCCCCCACCCUCAGCCAGCAGACCCAUCGCGACCAAGAAAUCCUUCACGUUUGAUGAUGGCGGUUUCCAGUCCAGCCCGAGUCCCAAAGGCUGGAAUGGCCCCUCACGCUCGCCGUAUGACACCCGCUACGAGACCUCGCGCUCUCCCCAGACACCAGAAGAAGUCCCGCGGAGUUGGCAGUCUUCCAACUUGCGCGCGAGGCUGUCGUCGCAGGACAUGCGUUAUGGGUAUAAUGCGGGCGAGAGUGGGUAUUAUCCUGCUCGACCUGUUCAUACGCAUCAUGAGGUGUCGGAGGGGGAGUAUGAUGUGGAUCUUGAUGAUGCUGAGUGGCGGGAGUAUGGUGAACGUCAGAUGCGUCAGAGAGAGGAUAGUGUGAAUUUGAGGAGGAGGGAGGAGGAAGUUGCUCGGCGUGAGCAGGAAUUGAGGAGGAGGGAGGAGGAGGCGAGACGGGAGGAGGAGGCUAAGCUAAAGGAGGAGGAGCUCAAGCGCAAGGAGGAGGAAACUAAGCGCAAGGAGGAGGAAACUAGGCGCAAGGAGGAUGAAAUCACACGCAAGGAGGAGGAAGCUAGGCGGAGACAGGAAGAGGCCGAUCGCAAAGAGCUCGAGGUCCGGAGAAUGGAGGAGGAGGCGAGAAGGAAGGAAGAGGAAACUAAACGAAAGGAAGACGAAAUCCAGCGGAAGGAGAAGCUUGCGAGGAAGAAAGAGGAGGAAGUCAGGAGGCAGGAGGCCCAGGCCAGGAAACGGGCGGAAGACCUUCGAAGACAGGAGGAGGAAGUUGCCAGGCGGUUAGAGGAAGAGGAGAAACGUGUUGCGCUAGAGAUUUCGCGAAAGUCUAUGGAAGCGAAACGCAAGGAAGAUGAAGUUAAACGCAAAGAGGAAGACGCCAGGCUCAAGGAAGAGGCAGCACGCGCCAAAGAGGAAGAGAUUCAGAGGAAGGAGGAGGAACUCAUGCGACGGGAGGAAGAGUUGCUUCGCCGGGAGGCAGAGGCGAUCCGCAGAUCAGACGACAAGCAGAAAGUUCAGCAGGAUGAAUUUCGGAAGCGUGAAGAAGAGAUACGCCGCCAGCGCGCAGAAGAGAAGAAGAGGCAGGAAAAGUUCGAAUGGGAGACCUGGGGUUUUUAUCCACCGGAGACCAGUCGACCCACGCCGCCUCCCCAGAUGGCUACUUCUCCAUCUCAAUCUUCUUCGUCUUCUACGGGACCUUGGCCAAUUCCCAAUCGUAGUGAUCGUAGCAUGCCUGGACCAAGUCCGCCCACAGAUAGAAGCAGCUCUGGAUCGACCAGUACUAGUCGUAGCAGUGCUGCCUGGACAUCCUCGACUCGGCCGAGCUCGACAGCCAGCUCGCAGUCACCGAGCACACCUAAGCCACCAACGCCGUCAGCCCAGCAGAACGCCAAAACAACGUCCGGUCCCCCACCCACCCCCUUUUCAGAAGCGGAUUUCCACCGCCGUCAGGCUGAACAAGCUCAGCAGCGCGAGGAACAAUUCCGUCGGGAGCAAGCCAAGUUAGAGCAGGAAAGACUCUUAAAGGCUGGAAAAGCCUUGGGAAAGCAGGACACUAUCAGACUCUUCGAGCACCAUCGUGGUCAGUGGGAUAAAUUGCAGAUAUCUAGCGUGUUGGGCGUUUUGAUAUGGGAUGAUUUCCCGUGGCCUGUGUUCAAACGGCCAAGUGGCCCCGAUGACGUGACAGCUCCUUACAUCACAGCCUACAUGUUAUCCCCUCUGCAUCCUGCCGACAAGUCUGCGAAGGACCGCAUCAAGGAGAACAUCAGACGUUGGCAUCCUGAUCGAUUCGAGACCCAGCUACUGCCGAAAGUCAAGGAGAGCGACAGAGACAUCGUGCGAGAUGCUGCCGGUACGGUGGUCAGGGUGCUGAACGAUCUCCUGCGUUCUAGCACACAAGAAUUUGCUUGAGAACGCACACGGACUCUUU